UUUUACUCUGUUUUGGAUCAACUCAACUGGCAUUGUUGAACGUUGAAUGUUUCUUGGUUGAAAAUAUGGACACUGGAAUUUUUGGUUCCGAACCUUCUUUUGAUCAUUCUUUAAUGAUAAGUUCAUUGAUUGGCAUGGUUGAUUGUUCAUGGAUUGAUAUUCUUUGAUUCUUUUUUAUGGCCUCUUGAUUUAUUACCUUAUUUAAUUGCGAUAUGAUUUAUGUCCAUGUCACUCUUAAACCUUCCCUUCCUUGUUUUUCCCCCAAUAUUCCUAUGGAAUUUCCGAGCGAUGGACUCUGAUGCAAUCACUGAAUUUUCUCUAUUUUUGAAGGUUUUUGAUUUGGGGCCAUUGCCAUUGAUGAAAAUAGAGCAGUUUCAGACAUGACACUGAGGAAUCAAGACCAGAACAAGAAGUCUUUUCUUCGAAGAUUUUUCUUGCAGAAGGAGGAAAAGGGGAGGAAGGCAGAGAAGGUUUCAUUUGAUUCGUCUGAUUCCAUUCAAUCUUCUUUUUUCCACAAAUCGAACAAUUUUCAUCUGUUUUUUUGCCUUCUAUGGCAAGUAAAAAACUGGUCCAAAAUGUAAAGAUGAAGGGUUGGAAAGGCAUAGAUAGGAAAAGUAGAAGUGUUGUCAAUGGCGAGAGCAUCUUUGCAAUUUGCUCCAAAAUCGAGAACAUUUUCAUUGUAAACUUCUUCCAAUGGAGAAAAGGAAUCAAGAACGAACCACAUUCUGAUCCAUCGCUCAAGUCUCUCUUGUCUCACCAAUUAAGCUCUCCAAUGCCAAGCAGUCAAGCCCAGUCAUUUAGAGUUUUCGUAGCAACAUGGAAUGUCGGAGGGAAAUCUCCUCACAGUGACCUCAACCUAGAUGAUAUUCUUCAGGUUCAUGAUGAAUCAGAUAUAUAUGUCUUAGGUUUUCAGGAAAUUGUUCCAUUGAAUGCUGGAAAUGUGCUUGUGGCAGAAGACAAUGAGCCUGCCGCAAAAUGGCUGGCUUUAAUCAAUCAAUCACUGAAUAGAUCAUAUAGUGUGGCUUCAAGAGGAUCAAAAUCACCCCUUUGCAGCUCACUUCGCUUCCAAAAACCUUCUCUUAAAAAGGUCUGUAAGUCUUUCAGGACUGAGAGUGGACGGAGGCUGAAGACUUGCAAUUGCUCUCCCAUAUUGGAAAGGAAGUAUAGCAAGGAUUGCUGUGUUUGUCCCCCACCAGCAAAUAUGACUGAGGAUUACUGUUCUUCUGAAGAGGAUGAAGAUGGACUUAGCAAUUAUGUAUCUACAGAAAUUUCCUCUCCAGCUAGUGCCAACCAGAUGAAGUACAGCCUUAUAACAGGGAAACAAAUGGUCGGAAUAUUUGUUACUGUUUGGGUAAGGAAGGAACUUGUGCAACAUGUUAGCCAUUUGAGAAUCUCUAACGUUGGCCGUGGGAUCUUAGGCUGUCUUGGGAACAAGGGGUGUAUAUCUGUUAGCAUGUCUUUCCAUCAGACAAGUUUCUGCUUUGUUUGCAGUCACUUGGCGUCAGGAGAGAAAGAAGGAGAUGAACUUAGGAGAAAUUUGGAUGUCAUAGAGAUACUUAAGAACACACAAUUUUCAAGAAUUUGCAAAUCUCCAUAUAUUCGAGCGCCUGAGAAAAUUAUGGAUCAUGAUCGGGUAAUAUGGUUGGGGGACUUGAAUUACAGGAUAGCUUUGAGCUAUUCCGAGACUCGAAAGCUUCUGGAGCAGUAUAACUGGGAUGGACUUUUUGACAAAGAUCAGCUGAAAAUUGAGAGGGAAGCAGGGCGAGUGUUCGGAGGAUGGAAAGAGGGAAAGAUCUACUUCGCACCAACAUACAAAUACUCCUACAACUCGGACAUUUACGCUGGAGAGACUAUUGAAACACAAAAGAAAAGAAGAACUCCAGCGUGGUGUGAUAGAAUACUUUGGCAUGGAGGUGGGAUACAUCAACUAUCUUACGUACGCGGAGAGUCCAGGUUUUCUGACCACCGGCCAGUAUGCGCAACAUUCAUAGUAGACGUACAAGUUUCUAAUGGUGGAUUAAGAAAGGCAUUAUCAGGCUUUAACAUGAAAGUUGCAAGUGAAGAGCACUUGCCUCUAACAAGAAAAUAGUAUUCGAGUUCGUGUACAGUGCUGAUGAUUGUUUUGAUUCAUAAUAGUUUCCGAUAAACUGACGUAGCUGCUAGAAGACAGAAGAGACAACUAAAUUUUGCCAUUUAUAUCCAAAUUUUUAGAUUGAAAGCAUGAUAUUCUUGCAGUAAAACAUUGUAGUUGUGCAAGCUGUACAGAGCUUUCUGCAAUUGAUGAGUUGCGAGAAGCUUUCUCUGUGGAUAUGAUUCUUCAAGAACUGUCCUAAAAUUAUCAUAGUCGAAGCACCUAGGAAGCGUAUUCUACUGUAGUUUUUCAGGAGUAAAAAUUAUGCCAGAGAAUGCCAUGUUUGCUGUGGAAAUAACAUGUUUUAUGCUUGAGGAGUAAGGCUUAUUCUUUUUGUUUUUGUCAGAGAUGAGAUGAAGGCAUGGAUAUAAUAAACAUGUUAGGUGAGUCGUUCUUGUGAUUGAUAAUUUCUUGGUCUGGUCCAUUUUAUAUUCAAAAACUUUGUCUGUUAUCUUGCCUGAUCAAGGAAGUGCUAGCAUUUUUUACAAA